AUGCGUCACUUUUUCCUAUCGCUAAUUUUUCUACUCUUUGUCUUUUCGACAAUCUCCGGCAAAGUUUUACAACAGGUUUUUUUUGGCGGGCUGAAGUUAUCAUAAGUCAUGAAUGUUUUUUGUAGGAAACAAAUGAAGAGUCAGGGAUAUUGCGGGCGAAAAGACAAUGGGGGCCACCUGGUGGAGGUUGGGGUGGGCCUGGAAGAGGUUGGGGUGGUGGCCCGGGCCGUGGAUGGGGAGGCGGACCACCGAAUCGUGGAUGGGGCCAGCAACAGAAUCAGAAUCAAUUCAAUCAAUUCAACCGGCAAAAUAAUGCGCAAGCCCAGCAGAAACAAUAUAAUGUAAGUUAACUUUUCACCUACUUAGCCUAACUUUUUUGCUUCUUUUCACCCGCUUCUUCUAGUGUCAAACCGAAGGAAUCGAUAUUCUCGGCUUGCCAAUCUCAGCUUUUGAAUGUCAAAAUUCGGGAAAAUCAGCGCAGAUGAGCUCGCAACAAAGUGGACAACAACAGAGUGGAAUCAGCAAUUUGAUGCAAGGGUUUAUGGGAUAG